AGCUGUUAUCCACAUUUAUCUCAGCAGUUGGUCCGCGCAAAAGCUCAGAGAAAAUGUGAAAAUAGUGGCUUUUCACCUUUCUUUUGAUAACCUUUCGCACACAAAAUGGACUAUUUUGACUCAGUGUUUGUCUGCAUUGCCAUCUUUUGCUCAAUACUCGUCUUCUGCGUUCUGUGCUGCAACUCCGGCAAGGAGGACUCUGAAGUACCCAUUCAUCACACCGACGUUGUUAUCACAUCAUCUAGUCACGCCGCCCUGAGACGCGAGGGUUCCACGGAAUUUCAGCCGCUCAGUGGGAAUCUCGAGCGCCCCAUCGGCUUUACGGCGGAAGUGCGGGGCAUUGACUCCCCCAGACCACCGAAUCCUCCGUAUCCCAUGGAUAAUCUCAUGCCCACACCCGACAGUCACAUCCGGGCGCCCUCUGACCACCCACCAUCGCCCAGGGAUGAUAUAAAUCCACCAUCGUACGAGCAAGUUAUGAGCAAUGAGGCUUACUACCACCAUCCAUCCAGGAAUUAGCCUCUCCGGAUGAGACUUCACUUCGGCAUCUCUUUGAAAAUACUCCGGAUGUGUUCUGCAAUCUCUUUUCGACGUCCUGACCACAGCCAUACGAUGAAUCUCAUCUGAUAUGCAGGGAUAAUGUACAGUAACAGCGGUUUUCAGUACUUUUAAAUGGAAUUAUUGUGAAUCUCCGUGAGAGUGAGAUUUUAUUUAGAUCAUUUUGCGAUCGUGUGUGUCGAAUUCGAUGCGCACGCCGUGACUGACGCAAACUCGUUAAAAUAGCACCCAUCUCUCUAUGACUUUAGUGUUGAGGAGGAGUAAAUAGGUGACAGCCAGAAUGUCUCUGGGGGAUUUCGAGAGAUAUCUCGCCUUCAUCCCUAUUUUUUGCAUUGUUAUGCUCAUUUGUGUGCUCGUAGUGCGCUUCUUUCAAUACUACAUUGCUCCACAAUUGAUCCUGACUUCGCGUAAGUCGCUCACGAAGGACAAUGGACUUUUUGAGAACAAAUCUCCUGGAUUUUUCUUCCAGAAUACGAGCAAGACAGACUGAGGAAUCUACAGGGACACCGUUUCGCCCCAAACUAUCCGCGAUAUCCCUCCCAAGGGCUCCACAACAGACCAAUUCCUAUGGAAGAGAUCCCUUCCAACACUCCCUAUCCCAUGCACAAUGUCAUGCCCAUGCCCCAAACAAGUCACCUGCCCCAGAACUCUCGUCUCGUCAACAAGAAGCUCGUGGUUUGCAAGAUUUUCCCAAAUGAGAAUUAGACAUUUUCAGUGAAAGAAAAACUGCGCGCGCAAAUCAUCACAAGAUCAUCAAGACGAGUGUCAAGUUCUGUGAUCUGAACCGGAAGAGAUCCACCUAGAACUGGUUUACCUCGAGAUUUUCUCAAGGAGGACGCACAAUUUUCUAUGUUGAAAAGCAUUCUAGCGAGACAAAUUUUCGAUCCUGUGGGACUUUUCUACUAGAAUCGUGUAAAAUCUCUAUAUCGUACUGAUAUUUCUCACAUGAAGCAUUUAAAUAAAUUAAUUCUAAGCCAAUA